UAUAUACCGUAUACAAAUAUGGCGGUUCAAACGUAAAUCGCGAUAGGUACGUGCGGUCGAAAACGGUUUCGUCGCGUAUGUUCUCAAGUUAUUUUAUAUUACCAUUUGGAAGUAAAACAUGGAGGAAACAUCCACGGUGAAAAGUAUGAUCAACAAUCGAAGCCGCGACUGUCUGAGUUGCAGAAUUUUCAGCGGUUGCGGCCUUAUCGGUUCCGGCCUCUACGUUUGGCAUCACACCAAGAAUAUGCAAAAGCCGAUUGGAAAAACUGUUAUGUACUCGAUUGGAACCGGUUUGAUGGUCCUGGGAACGACUCGUGUUUUCGACCUGCCACCGUUUCGAAAUCAAUUCAGUCACGGCUAAUCACUUAAAUGAAUCACAUCAGUCGCAUGCAAAUGUCGUGGCAACUUUUUGUUAACCGUAUCCAUAUAUUUCUUCGCAAAUGCAAAAUACAAAGACGACUCUGGCCCUAACAGGUAUUUCCUAAAACCACUUAAUUUUCUUAUACAAAAGAGUCUAUUUUCGUAGUCGACCUUUUUCCAAUACCGCGAUUCCGAGUGGACUGUUUGAAAAGCGAUAAGAAGGCGUGCAUCAAGAAUUAUCAAUACAAUUUUUGUUGAAAAGAUCCUAUCAGUCUCGACAUUUAAUUCUUAUUAUUGAGGAGCAAUUUCUUCUCAAUGCAUAAUACCGUUUAUGUAAUUCGCUUAAGAUGAAAUACAAACCAUCUCCGAUUAUUUCAUAUACACUGUUGGUAUAACAGUGUAUAAAAGUA